AUGUAUAGUCUUAUGAACGAAAUUAGUGACACAUAUUGUGAACGUUUUCUUGAAUAUGCUGAUAAGCAAGAAUUAAUAGAUAUGAAAGCAUUAAAUAGUCUAUUUACUCUUGAUAAUAUUGCUUCUUGUCUAUUUGGAGUUGAAACAAAUUCUUUACAGAAUGAAAAUGUUACUUUAAUUAAUUAUUUAAAAAAAUUUUUCAAUCGAGGUCUCUCCAAUAUAAUUCUCAUUAUAUAUUUUAUUUCACCGCAAUUGGCGAUGUAUUUUGGAAAGAAAGGUUAUUCAAUGUUCCCUAAAGAUGCUGUUGAUUAUACAACUAAUCUUCUCAAUCAAAUAUUAGCACGACGUCGACAACAUUUAGAAAGACGAAAUGAUUUUAUUCAAAUGAUGAUUGAUCAUGAAGAAGAAGUUAAUCAUGAAGAGAAUCGAACAAAUCAACAAACAGAUAAAAAAGAACAACAACAACAACAGCAACAAUGGGGAACACUUAGAAAAACUUUGAAUGAUAAAGAAAUACUUAGCCAAGCAGUUGUAUUUUUACUUGCUGGUUAUGAAACAACAAGUAUAUUAAUGUCAUGCUUUUUCUAUAUCAUGGCAACAGAACCAGUCAUUCAGGAAAAGGUUUAUGAGGAAAUUCGACAAGAAAUUGGAGAUGAUGAAGUUACUCAUGAAAAACUCAAUCAACUUCAAUAUUUAGAUAUGGUUAUUAGUGAAACACUUCGUAGAUAUCCACCAGGUAUCAGAUUUGAUCGUAUUGCGGCAUGUGAUUAUCAACUUGGUGAUUAUCAGAUACCAAAAGGUACUAUUGUUAAUGUAUCUGUUUAUCCUAUUCAUCAUGAUCCUGAUGUCUGGCCUGAUCCAGAAAAAUUCAUACCUGAAAGAUUUUUACCAAGUGAAAAAGCUAAACGUCAUCCGAUGACAUAUCUUCCUUUUGGCGAUGGGCCUCGGAAUUGUAUUGGAAUGCGAUUUGCAUUAUUAGAAGCUAAACUUGGAAUAGUCAAAGCACUUCGUGCUGUAGAAUUUCAAAAAUGUGAAAAAACAGCAGUUCCAUUACAAUUAGGAAAGUUUGAAAUCAUAAAUACCAAAAUUGGUGUUUGGCUACGUGUUGUUCGUCGAUCACAAUGA